CUGAGGAGAACGAUGGAGAUUAGACCAAUUAGUCUUCUGCUUUGCUCCAUUGCUGCAGUGAACAAUGUUCAAGGUUUCUGGACAACACCAGAUAUUGGCACUGAUCCAGCUGGCCACAACUCCUGCGAUGGCUAUUGUGGUGUAAGCUUUGAUGGCUGCUCCUGCAGAGAUUCAUGUGAACACAAUGGGAACUGCUGUGACGACUACUUUGAUUACUGUUACAGAACAACGGCAACACCAAGAGAAGACAUAAAUAUACGACUAACUGGACACAACAAUUCCUGCUCUGGGAGAGUGGAGGUCCAGAUCGAUGGUACCUGGGGCACAGUGUGUGAUGACGGGUGGAACAUGGGCAGUGCUGAAGUGGCUUGCAGACAGGUGGGCUGCGGGUCAGCCCUGCGAGCUCUGACACAUGGGUAUUUUGGAGCAGGCAGCGGACCGAUCUGGGUGGAUAAUAUUCACUGCACAGGCAAUGAGACUUCUUUGGCUCAGUGCCGGCAUAAUGGCUAUGGCAUCAGCAACUGUGGACACCAUGAAGAUGCUGGAGUAGUGUGUGAAGUUGGACCUUAUUCCUGCCGGCACAACUGUGGCAAAAGCUUUGAUACGUGUUCUUGUAGUUUCUUCUGUCAUUACAGUGGAAACUGUUGCCCUGGCUUCUCUGGUAAGAAAUACUGUGGAAGGCUACUGGUAUUGUUGUGA